CCCAAAUCACCGUAGUACUAAGGAGGCAUCCUCGGAAAAUCCCACCCAAAAGCAUGGGUAAAACUGGAAUAUAGCGAAUCACGGUCAGACGACUCCGUCGUCGCCUUGCCUUCCACGGGGUCGAAGCGAUUUCCGUCACUCGGACCGCACGAAACUCGCUGAGUCGCGAAUCGGACCUCAUCGCCGCCGAUGCAGAAGCUGCGCGUCCUCUGAGACCCCAACGGUUUGAUUUGUCAGCUGCAGAUGAUGGAGCGAGAGAGGCGGUGGUUAGGAUUGAUGGUCUUGUUAUGCCUGUCUGCUUCUUGCGCGGCGAGAGAACUUAAGAUCAAGCACAAGGACGAUGGCCCUGUUUAUAAUCACACUCUUGCCACAAUAUUGGUGGAAUAUGCAUCUGCGGUUUACCUUUCAGAUAUGACGGAACUCUUUACGUGGACAUGUGAAAGAUGUGGAGACAAAACUGAGGGAUUUGAGGUCAUAGAGCUUGUUGUGGAUGUACAGCAUUGUUUACAGGCAUUUGUGGGAGUGGCACAGGAUCUUAAUGCUAUAGUAAUUGCGUUUAGAGGGACUCACGGAACGAGCAUACAGAAUUGGGUUGAAGACCUUUACUGGAAGCAGCUUGAUCUAAAUUAUCCUGGCAUGCCUGAUGCGAUGGUGCACCAUGGAUUUUAUUCUGCUUACCACAACACAACUAUACGGCCUGGGAUUCUAAAUGCUGUUAAAAGAGCACAAGAGUUGUAUGGGGAUAUCAAUAUCAUGGUGACAGGACAUUCAAUGGGAGCAGCUAUGGCAUCCUUUUGUGCACUUGAUCUCAGAGUGAAUUGUCUGGCUCAGAGUGUUCAGGUUAUCACGUUUGGACAACCUCGUAUUGGCAAUGCGGUUUUUGCAUCCUACUAUAGUCAACUUGUGCCAAAUUCAUUUCGGGUUACCAAUGGGCAUGACAUGGUUCCUCAUUUACCUCCAUAUUAUCACUAUUUCCCGCAGAAGACCUACCACCAUGUCCCAAGAGAGGUAUGGCUUUAUAAUGUAAACUUGGAAAGUUUGGUCUAUACAGUCGAGAAAGUUUGUGAUGGUACUGGGGAGGACCCGUCAUGCAGCAGGUCCGUGACAGGUAGCAGCAUUUUAGACCACUUAGUUUACUUCGGGGUGGAGUUGAUGGGCGACCCAGCAGGAUCAUGCAGAAUAGUCACAGACCCUCGUAUAAUGAAAUAUGGAACUGCAGAUCCUGGGGGAAAUCUUGUAUUAUCCAAGACUCCUGGUGUCUCCAUCUUGAGAUCUGGUGCGGGAUCGAAUGACGGGCAAAGAAUUCUUUAGGAUCAUGUUCUCUUGGGGAGAUAAUUUUCUUCAGCUAGUAUAUUGGAGUAGACGGUGCAAGCCUAUUUUAGAGCAAGCUUCAUCAUUCUUUGUACAGUUCUUCUAAAGAUGACACAGCGUCGAAUAAUUCAUGUGCUUUGUAUGUAAAGCAGUGAGUCAUGUAAACCUUCCUCAUCAAUUUGAAAAAUAUUUUACU